AUGAGAAGUGGUAAGAAGGUGGAGACAGAAGCCAUCACUCAGGAAGAGCACAACAAAGAAGGCUUAAAAGAAGAGGUGAAGGAGCAAAAGCAGGAGCAAGAAACCUCUACACAAAGUGAUAAGUCAACUAAGAAAGAGGCGGUGAGAUUCAUGAAGGAAUCGUUAACAAAGAAAAGAUCUUUGAAGGAGGGACAAAUGGUUGUAAUGACCACGGAGUGUAGUGCCAUCAUCCAGAAAGGAUUACCAAGGAAGAGGAAAGACCCAGGGAGCUUUCAUAUCCCCUGCACCAUAGGCAACAUGACAAUCGAGAAAGCAUUUUGUGAUCUUGGUGCAAGCAUCAACUUAAUGCCUCUAUUCCUGAUGAAGAAGCUUCAUAUUCAUGAAUUGAGACCCACAAAAAUAUCCCUUCAAAUGGCGGACAAAUCCAUUCAGCAAGCACUUGGUGUUGUGGAGAAUGUAUUGGUAAAGGUGGACAAAUUUUUUCUCCCAGCUGACUUCGUCAUCCUAGACAUAGAGGAAGAUGACAACACUCCCAUUAUCCUAGGGAGACCUUUCUUAGCUACUGCCAGGACAUUGAUAGAUGUUGAAAAAGGAGAAUUGAUGCUAAGGGUGCAUGAAGAGCAUAUAGUGUUCCAUGUCUUCAAGAAUUUGUAA